AUAAUAUGAUCACGAUGUUCCUGUAAAGCAAAAAGUCUGAUCCACCUCAUCACACCUCACGGGACUGACUCAUUCUGAGAAAUGUUUAUUGUAGCCAUCCGGGCAUUUUCUCCACCGGAAACAGUCCACAAUAUGCUCUUGAUCACCCUGCUGUUUCUGCAGCCCAUUUGGACGGAACAUGGCGGAGGCGGGCGGCACAGGAGGCGACUUUGACUCAGCUCCGCCUGACGUGAACGAGUGCUUCAGCAGCGAGGACUACGAGUGCAAAAUAUGCUACAACUACUUUGACCUGGGCCGCCACACCCCCAAACUGUUGAGCUGCUCCCACACCUUCUGCCGCGAGUGCCUGGACGCGAUGCACUCCGGAGAGGGUCGAGGAUGGAGAGUCGGUUGCCCGGUGUGUCGAAACAGAACUCCGGUGCCGGAAUAUCGGGUUGACAAGCUCCCCGACAACAGCGCGCUGACUGUAUCGCUUCCGCUUAUAAAUGUCAAGCCCGAGGACUCAUUAAACACAGAUGUCCAGAGAAGUCCGACCGUCUCUUCGCUCAGCUCUGAAGUGAUCGACUGCAGCUGUCACACUUGCAUAAGACAUGCGUGUGUGGCCGUCUGCGUGUGCGCCAUCUUCUCCUGCAUGGCCAUUGUGUUGUUCGUGUUUGUUGUCCUCCUCAUUAUGAAAAAUCCCUUUAAAACAUCUGUUUGUUUGCCCAUUUGUGUUUCCUCGCGACGACCGUUUUCACUUUGUUACUGUGCAUAUAUAGGUGCUGAAGCAAGCAACUCCAGUUCCCCCAUCUACUAUAAUGUGAUCCUCUGCCUGCACAGCUAGGACACACAAGCUCAGCCUGGUCUGAAUUAUUAAAGGGAAAUAUGUUUAUUUAUUACACUGUGUUUAGACAUCCUUAUAGAAAGGGUUCAAUGUUUCUGUUUAUGUUUGUCUUCCUAAAUCUUUUUUUCUUCUUUUGC